CGAUGUGCUAAUUAAGGGGAGGUGACUGGUGCAGUGGUGCAGAAGGGAGAGUCGACGUAGUUACUGCCCAUCACUCGUGCAUUCACGCGUGAGGACUGCUUGUGGAGCCCCAGUCUUUAAAAGUCUCGCGGUAGACAGUGGGUCAGUGUCCCCAGCUACAACCCAGGUGGAGAUCAGGUGCUUGCCGCCUGCUCUACCUGCCAGGAUGUGGCUACCUGCGGCGGUGGUUUUCUCCCUUUGCUGUGUGGGGGCGCUGUGUGCGGAUCCCCGGAAGCAGUUUGUGCAUCGCCUGCUGAGCAUGUACCAAAGCAGCACGGACCAGGCCAAGGCGGCUGACCAGGACAGCGACGGCGCCAUCAGCGAGAAUGAGUUCCUGCAGACUCUCUUCCUCUUUGCGGACACCGAUGUCAGAGAUCGCCGAGUGACCCAAGCGGAGUUCAUGGACGGUUACCGGCGGUAUUAUGCAUUGCCGUCUGAGCUGCUGGUCAUCAUGUUCGACCUCCUCGAUGACCUCAACGACGACGGCGGCACUCGGCCUAACAUGGAUUUCCGCGACAACCGCAACAACCAAUACUUCCAGCUAUACUUCCAGUUUGCUCGGGGCAACAACGUUUUCCAGAACAACCACCGUAACCAAGGCGACGGUGUGCUCACUUCCCGUGACGUCACCUAUCAGAUGUUUGUGGGAAACAACAAUCCACCAACCGCGGAAGACUUCCAAAAAGCUCUGAUGUCAUGGGUGGACGAGGCGGCAAACAGACUGUACACCAUCAACUAUCAGCCUCACAUCCCUGGCAACCCGUGGGACCGUGAGUUCGACUACGAGCUGUGGUUCCACAGCGUGGACAGGAACAACGACUCACUCAUUUCUUUCGGCGAACUGAGAGACGAGCUGCGGCGAUACAGCAGCGAUGGUCGCGUGAGCCGCUCGCGCUGGACAGAGCGCAACCUGCAGGUGUACGGCGACAAGGAGUGGCUCGCCAACGUCGUCUUCGAUGCCUGGGACAAGAACCGCGACCUCCGCCUCGACGACCUGGAUGCUGGGCUGGUGCUGAGAGAGGCGGAUCAAAACCAGGACAGACGCGUGACGACAGUCGAACUUCACCGCUUUAUGGAAAGGUACAACAAACUGGCCAGGCGCCGCCUCGCCACCCCCGUCAGACCAGUCAUCUUUGACUGUCCCAGUCCCUGGUGGCAAUCUUCCGGAUGUCGACCUCGGGUAGACGCCACUCGAGCUGCAAUGGACAUGGACGAUAACUUUGACGGGUGGAUCACACCACGGGAAUUCGGAAAACGAAUUUCUUAUUACGACAGGAACGGUGACGGGUGGGCAAGCAGGUUCGAGGUCAUCUCCAUGGAAACGCUGCGCUACGGGGUGUCUGGCCCAGCAGCCAGCGUCAUGUUCGACAUCUACGACAGAAACAGCGACGACCGCUAUGAUCACCUCGACCUGCAGUUCAUCCUCCCGGAAGGACGUCUGCUGUGUUUCUGCGAUGCCAGGAAAGCUGUCCUUGACCUUGUUCGCCUCGCAGAGCGCUUCCGCUUUUCCCCGCAGGCUCGGGGUCCUGUCGGCUCCCUGCGGAAUGCCAUGCGCUGGCAGCUGGCCCGGGAAUGGGCAUGGCGAGAUCGCAACAGCAACAUCUGGCGUUGGCUUAACGGGCAAAGUCCAUGGCCUUGGGGUGCUGGGGGAUGUAAGGAAGGGGACUGCACUGGCAGGGACUGGCGCGGUAGCGCAUGGUACGCUCCUUUCGACUGGAGGCAGAGAAACAGGGUUCCCGAGAACUUCCUUCAAUGGAGCUACCUGCACGAUGUCCCUCGCACCAUCUUUCUGCCUCCAGGAUUUCAAGGCGGCCGUGGAGCGCACCCUGGUGGCUGGAAUCAGCUCUGGAGAUACAACUUUCCAGGCUCCGGCACCAAGGAGAGGCCAGAUGGCAACCGAGAUCAAGACGAUCGCAGCAGCUUAGGAAGCGAUAGACGAAAGCCCUCGUUUCCUAGUCCCACCUGGCUGGCAGACGGAAGCAGCUUUGACGAUUUGUGGACCUUCUCUGGAGAUAAUAAUGACACUGAUACCUCUUUCAUUGGUCCUGGAACUUUCUGGAGCAAUCCUAACUCUAACUUUUGGGAGCAGCUUUUCAGACAGGACGGUCCCCUUCCAUCGUGGCUGACGUCAGGACGAACGGACACAAGCAACGACCAAAGAAAAACUCAGCUUCCGUGGUUUUUAAAUUGGGAUCCCAGUCGUCCCAGUCGUCCCAGUCGUCCCGAAAACAUUCGCCCAAGCAACAAUCGCCCCGUCAACACUGAUGAUCAGAAAGGGGGGAACAGUCCAUUCAACCGCAUCGACAAGAAGUAUCGUCCUGAAACCACCACCGUCGCCCCUGUUGCUAGUAGACCAACCGGUCAAGGGGGAGCAACCUCCGCCGGAAGUAACGUUCCCUCUAGCUUGCUACCGAGUAGUAGGGUAGGGAUGGGGCAUCAGAACGUGGGAGCGAGAUUCCGGCGACAAGCGGCACUGGAAGAAGAGUUCAAUGAAACAUCAGAAUCCCUUGCCCCUCCGCCUUCUCUGGCAGGCAGCAACGGGACUUCCGCCAACGAUACCAACCUCUCGUUUGCACGGGAGGACAACUCCACUAUCAACGCGACAGAGCUGGAGGAAAACGGCACGCGUUCAGACGAGAACAAAGAUCUCGCAGAAGAGAAAGAUGAGAUUGCACGAGCUUUAGCGAGAAAUACUACUCCUUCCCUGCAAUCCCAUUGGUGGGAUUCUGUUGCAUGGACAGGCACUGGAGACACCGCGCCUGGAUAUGGAGAAUGGUCAGGUGCAUCAAAUGACAGGCAAGACAGCACCACAGAGUAUAAUGCUUGGAACAGCAACCGCGGGUGGGACAAUAGUUGGGUCAACAGUUAUUAUGGCGACAAUCUGGCAGGAAGCACCUGGCCAACACAAAGCUACUGGUUCAACACGUAUCCAGGAUACACGAACGGUGGCGGUCCUGGUUACAAUUCUUGGCCUGUCUGGAGAAACUAUGAAAAUUACUCCCCUCAGUGGCUGAAUGGCUACACUGGUUACAACUACCAGCUUAAUCCUUACCGCCACAAUCCAAGAUGGGGAAACGUUUGGAACACACAGGGAAAUGAAGGUCUCUUCUAUCCGUCAAUUUAUAGCUUUUAUUCGCAUUAUGGUCAGCCAGCCCCUGGCUCUUACGGUCGCCAUCUUGGGUUUUGGAAGAGGAACGCUGACUCCAACACAGUUAGCAAACAAACUUCCAGAAUGAUGGGAGACUUCUCGACAUAUUGGCCUUGGUGGGAAUGGUGGAACUUCUACAACAAUGCCUACAAUACUUACCAACCAUGGGCAUCCAACUGGAACUUUUAUAACAGCAACAAGUGGUUUCCUUGGUAUUCGGGAAGACAGUGGAACUAUAACUGGAUGAGUAACCUCCCUGGGAGCCCCUACUUAUUCUCCAGGACUAACGAGAACCAUGAUAAGUCCUCCGAUGUCAAACUGGAGGUGAAACGAAGCGUGAACAAUGAAAACGAUCUCAAAUCCAUGGAUGAAAAUGUUUCGAGAUGGACGACAGGGUACCAACCUCAAUGGUGGAACCAGUAUAAUGGCAUGGAUACAAGGCGGAGCGGGGAUGAGAUCUCGUCAGUAGCCAACAUCUGGAACUGGAAUUGGAACUGGUUCUUCAACCAAAACAUGCUUCGGAGCUAUAGUCCCAUGUUUCUGCGCUCUGUCCCCUACAUUCAGGGAACACAGCAACCUUUGAUGCCACCAGAACAGCCAAGAAUCUACAGAAGAAGCACAGAAAGCAGGCCAACAGAAGAAGUUUCCAGAUCAGUCAAUGGACCAGGGAGAUGGUGGACAGGGUGGAACAACUACUGGCCUUACUGGUGGAACUCCAACAUGUGGAGGAGCGACAGGCCACAGUGGUGGAACACGAAUCCUUGGAACAUCUAUUUGAACGACUGGAAUGGCCGGAUAUGGAACUCUAACCAGGGUUUCUUCCCCUACGAUACAUUCUCCUUUUCGAGAAAUGAAAAUGGUCGCUCACCUGAUGGUAGUCACACAGCUGUCAGGCGCAGCACAGGGGAAACAAAUGGUGGCAGCCACACAGAGGACGAGCAAAACGGAAAAGUUUCUCGAAUGUUGGGUAGAUUCUGGCCACAACGGGACUGGAAUGGCUACAACUACUGGCCUCAGCAGUUUUCGAGUGGGGACAACUACUGGCCACAACGGUGGGGUGGCUACCCGUGGAGCAGGUACUGGCCUGGUUGGAACUCGUGGAACAACAAUAACUGGAUGUGGAACACGAAUGAAGCCUCCACUCCACUCUUUCCUGUGUACGACUCCCAGGGGCAGCCGCAUCUUGACAAUUCCCAAAGUCAAGAACAAAUUGUCAAACGGAGUGCAGCUGGAAAGCCCGACCCUGCUUCAGCAGAGCAAGAGAAAGAUGUAUCACGAAUGAUGGCUUCACAGGGUGCCUUCUGGCCACAGAAAAACAUGGACUGGCCUCAGAACUGGGGUGGAUAUUCGUGGAACAACAACUGGCCUGCCAGUCCACACUACUUCCCGCAAGGGCAUGAGACUUCCGGUGGCUCCCAAGGCUGCGCUCACGAUAUUUUCAAACGGGGCGCAACUGACAGUCGGGAAGACAAUACGAACAAGGAGGGGAGGGAAGCUGCCCGGAUGACAGAGUUUGACAACAUUUUAAUGCCACAAGAACUCCGGCCUAGAUGGAACCUGGACAGCUGGGUAUGGAACGGUCGCUCUCCCUUCUUCCCUUACAACUACUACAAUUAUCUCAGGAACAUGGGAAUCAGACCCUCUCCCAGCCAUCCAUUAUUUCGGCGACAAGCGGAGGAAAACCCGGAGAAAGAAUCUCUAGAUGCAGGCAAAAAAACAUCAAAAAUGAUGAAUGAAUAUGACUGGAACUGGCCACAGGGCUGGAACUCCUAUAACUGGCCACAGGGCUGGAACUCAUAUAACUGGCCCCAAUGGUGGAAAUGGAAUAUGUGGAAUAAUUUCUGGAACACAAGGAACCAAAACAGCAGGACAUGGAACGGUGGCCGAGAGUUGUAUCCCUACAGCUUCUUUCCUGAAGCUCGUGGUCUCUACAAACGUAGCACCGAAGACCAGCAGGCUGAAAAAUCUAGUGAUAAUGUUUCCCGUAUGAUGGGAAUGUAUGAAGGAGUAUUUCCUCAACAAUAUUUAAACCCUUACAGCAGCUGGAAUCAAUGGUGGAACAGGGACAUUUGGAACACUUACUGGCCUAAGUGGAGUUUCAGAUGGACACCAUGGGCUUCGGCUUCAUUCGGCUCUCCCAUGUUUCCCAGAGGGGAAGACUUUCAUUCUCGAUUCAGGCGAAGUGAAGACCAAACUCAAGAGGGCAGCUCAAAGGAUGGGGAGAAAAAAGUAUCCAACAUGAUGGGAGGAUUUGGAGGUUUCUGGCCACAAUACUGGAGUGGAUACUCAAACUGGCCUCAAUGGUGGAGAGGUUACUACAACUGGAACAACUAUUGGCCAGGGGGAAACUCCUAUGAUUGGACAUGGAAUAGAAAUCAGCCUUUCUAUCCAUACAACCCUCAUUACUAUUCACAGGAUGGAUAUCGACCUGCAGGUUACCCAGACUUUACUCAUGACAUUUUCAAACGAAGCUCAGAUAAAAAUGCUCAGCAUGUGUCACAAGGAAAAGAUGAAAAUGUCUCCCGAAUGAUGGGUGGAUAUAACGGAUUCUGGCCGCAGUUCUGGAACAGUUACACACACUGGCCGAGGUGGUGGACAGGAAACAACUACUGGCCAUGGUGGAACACAUGGAACAGCUACAACUGGAUGUGGAACAAAGACAACUCUUACUCCUUUCAUGAACGCUUCAGUCGCGGUGCAGACAACCAGCCAGACGAUGGCAAGCGCGAGGACAAAACAGUUUCUCGAAUGAUGGGAGCACCUGGGUUGUUCUGGCCUCAGCAAUUCUGGAGCAGGCACAGGAUCUGGCCACAGUGGUGGAAUUUCCGCUGGGCAAAUAACUAUGACUGGAUGCGGAACUACGACCAAGGUUACAAUCCUUACAAUGAUUUUCCUUCCUUGCCCUAUGGCCCACAAGCUGGCCCUUCAUCUGGUGGGGAUCACUCCAUCUUUAGACGCAGCACAGUCCAAAGUCUACCUUUCAACAGCAAAAGCGAAAAUGUUUCUCGAAUGGCGGGUGGAUAUUGGCCAUACUACAACUGGAAUCGUUACAAUUAUUUGCCUCAUUGGUGGAACCAAAAUAGUUGGAGGAACAUGCUACCUGGCUGGAGCUACUUGAACUGGUUGUGGAGCAUGAACUACGAUUUUUAUCCUCAGAGCUACUUUCCUUCUACAUUUGGAACAUCACCUUCGUCCACUCCAGAUGAUGAAGUCCACAUGGUUCUCAGGCGCAGCCUUGAUAAAAAGCAAGAACAGAAACCCCAAGAUGACAAGCGAACUUCUCGAAUGGCGGGUCAGUACGGAUAUUACUGGCCGCAGCUCUAUUGGAAUAAUUUUAACUUUCAACCCCAGUGGUGGAGAGAGUCCCCGUGGAAUAGGUACUGGCCGGGGUGGAAUAACUACAACUGGAUGGACAGCAGAAACGUAGGUGAGACAGACUACACACCCUAUCAGUUCGCAAAAUCCGGUGUCAGUAACACUGGACAUGAAAUAUUCAGGCGCAGUUCUGAAUCAGAGACUAAAGCAAGCAAAAACUCUCAAGAAAACACAGCCUCAAGGAUGAUGGGUGGAUACAAUGGCUACUGGCCUCAACAACACUCGUUUGCCUCCAGAUACUGGCCGCUACUGGAUAAUGCCUACGAGUCGGGUAGAUUUAGCCCAGUGUGGAGAAACUCUUGGAUGUGGAACACCAACCCAGCAUACUUUCUACCCAAUCCUUCAUACUAUUCCAGGGAAAGUCAUCCACCAGGAGAUAAUUUCGAGUCUCCCCACGAACUUUUCAGACGCAGUGCAGAUGACAACCAAGACCAGACAAAGAAAGAUGCAGACAGCGAUGUCUCCCGGAUGACAGGCAGAUACACAGAGUUCUGGCCAUCGCAGUCCUGGAACCGAGACAACUACCCGUAUCUAUGGUGGAACCGGAACAGCUUUUGGCCCGGGUGGAGCAACAGCUGGAUGUGGAACUAUUACCAGCAGCCCUACGAUGCUUUUGCCUUCGCAAAGAGCCAGCCAGCUGCAGCCAGCUCCUUUGCCACAAGCCACACGAUCACAAGGAGAGAGUCCAGUGACAAGCAAGAAAAUAAUAACACUUCUCGAAUGAUGGGUGGCUUUGCUUGGUUUCGACCCUACAAUUACUGGAAUAUCUACAACUCUUGGCUACAAUGGUGGAACCGAAACUUUUGGAACAUUUACCGGUAUCAUCUGGACAGCUGGAACGGAAAUAACUGGAUGUGGAACCGUAAUCCUGAUGUGUUUUUUAACUAUCCUUCCUCUUACUAUUAUUAUUCUCUGCAUGGCCUACCACCCGACAGCAAUCAUCACAGCGUGUUCAGACGCAGCGCAGAGACAAACAAUGGCAACAACCUGCUGAAUGAACGGCUCACAACUUCUAAUAUGCUCGGUGGGUACAUGCCAUUGCAGGACUGGAACAGCUACCGGUUUUGGCAGCAGUGGUGGAGGGGCUACCAAUGGAACUGGAACACGUAUGGACCUGACUGGAACAACUGGAACAAUUUUGAAAGGUUCUGGAGAUUUAACCAAGGGUACAAUCCUGAAAAUCCGUACUCCUUCUCCAGAACUGAUUCAUCACCGGGAAACUCUCCUGAAGCUGGCCACACAGCCUCGAAACGCAGUUCUGACGAAGAGCAGAAUACAAAUGCAGAAAGCAAAGAACAACAAACUUCUAAGUGGAUAUCUGGAUACAAUGCGGACUGGCCACCAGCUUACUGGAGCACCAAUCCAUACUGGUCAUCGUCCUGGGGCAGCUAUCCAUACUCGUCACAACCUUGGGAAAGAAAUUGGUGGGAUAGCUACGGGAAUGGACAAAAGUUUAACCCAGUGUGGAGCAGCAGCCCUUUCUACUCUCCAUAUUACCGGUUUUCUUUCUCUAGAGAUAAUGAACGCUCGGCUAGCUCAUCGGAGAAAGGACAUAGUGCAUUCCGGAGAAGCUUAGAUAAAAGUGAAAAAGAAGCUUCACAAGACCAGAAGACUUCACGAAUGAUGGGAUGGUAUGGGUGGAACUGGCCCCAGAGGGAUUGGAACAACAACUACUGGUGGCCUUGGUGGCACGACAGGAACGCAUGGAAUGGCUACAACUGGAUGCGGAGCAAGAACAGGGAUUUCUUUCCGUACAGUCCUUUUCUUUAUUCCCAGCGAGAAGCUCAACCAGCUGCUUCUGAUUAUACUGACCAUGCCAUGUUCAAGCGCAGCACAGAUUCCACAAACGCCAACGGCUUCUCGCAAGAUGGCGUUGUUACCGCGAAAAUGAUGAAUGGGGGUUCUGGUUACUGGCCUCAGCAAUGGUGGAAUUAUCCAAACAGCUGGCCAUGGUGGUGGAUGAGUAACGCUUGGAACAACUAUUGGCCUGGAUGGAACAACUAUGCCCGGAUGUGGAGUACUUAUAACAGCUGGUAUCCCCUCCACUCCUAUCAGUUUUCUCAAAACAAUGGACAGUCUGGACACGAAGCUGAUGACAAGCAUCAAAUAUCGAAAAGAAGCCCGAGUGAAGAUAACUUAGAUGAGAAGAAAGAAUCUUUGGGAAGAUGGACGAACGCCGACAAUUUCUGGACACUUCCACAGAAUAACAAUCCUUAUCUUCCAUGGCAAGAAACAGACAUGUGGAACAGUCACAGCCGCUCGCCAUAUUGGAAUACGUUUAACCAAGCCUGGAAUAAUUGGAAUAUCUUCAACGACCAGGGUAGAUAUCCAUAUGGUCAGUAUUUCUAUUCCAAAGGCGCAAAUCGUGAUUCAUCAGAUAAAGAAAGCAUGCUGACAAAGAGGGAUACAGCUCAAGGAAACCAAGAUCAGUCUUCAACAGUUAGUGGACCAAACCUGAUGGAUCUGUUGAAGAAAAACAACUUUUGGCAAUUGCCCAACACCAGAGACACAGAUAAGCCCCAACAACCUCCAGUCUCUAAGCGAAGUGCAGAAGGGUCACAGAAAAACGAGAAAGAGGAAGACAUGGGGAGACAAAUGACUGGCGACAGACGGGAUUCUGGUCAGUUUGGAAGAAGCUGGCCUCAGUCGGACACUUCCGGUCACUUCCGGCCAGGACUUCGAGCAGGUUAUUUCAUGCCAAACAUGUGGACUGCUGACACGGCAGAUAACAGCAACCACUUCUGGAACAGAGAUCCACUGUGGAGUGGACUUACUGAGAACAAUGCACAGCGUGGCAGCUUCUCAAUGGACAAUGACUGGAACCUAUACCACAGACCUAAUUAUUGGGCUGGAUACAGUAAUGGGGGUCCAUUUAGAAAUGAAUUUGGACAUCCUUACUUUGCAACAAAUAGUCAGAUGUGGCCCGAGAACAUGGACUUUAGCUACCAAAAGGGGGCUGAUGGUUCUUCUGAACAAGAAGCAGACGUGCAGUCACGUGAUUCUGAAGACCUCGACAGAACCAAACGCAGUGCAGACGAUAAGGAUGCCGGCGAGCACAUCGCAAGACAAGGAAGUUACGAGAGAUACAGGAGCUUUCCCUUCUGGUGGAAUGGAUAUAUGUUUCGGAGGCCUAACUUGUGGAGCGCACCUGGUCCAUGGAAUAGCCUGUACUACAUGUGGAGAAACUGGCCUCGAAACCAGAUGUGGAACGAUCAGACCCCAGAUAGCUACUGGAUGGGGAAUAAUUUAUGGACAAAUAAUUAUGAUCAGUUCUGGAACAGUGACUGGAACACCUUGAAUGCCUAUGGCAUGACAGAUCCCCAGUUUCGAUACCAGCAAAAUCCUCCCAGUGGUGUUGAAGCAGAAGACAGCUCCAGUGCUGCAACCAAGCAGAAGCGAAGUACCGACGAGGAUCAGGCUUCUGUGUCGAAGGAAGACGAAGUGGGAAAACAACUAGGUGGUCACAGCCCUUUUCCUAGCUACCUCCCGUGGUCAAGAUCGUGGAGGAGUUUCUACUGGCCAACGUGGUUUGGUAACAGAUACUUCAGGAAUAGAUGGAGCAGCUACCCAGCAUGGUACAACUAUGACAGGUGGAACAACUGGAACUGGCAGCCAGACCAACGUGGAACAUUCAAACUCCAAGCCCUGAGUCAUUCUGGAACAUUGACAUGUCUAGACCAACGUGGGAUGGUCUGAAAGGACAGAUCCCUGAGUAUUUCACGACCCCUGUCCCGUCUAUGUCAACUACUGCAGAGACUCGUCAAAAGCAAAACCCUACUACUCCGUCCAGGACACCCAAGGUAGAACACAAGCCCGAACCCGAACACAGAACCACUUUAUCAAAGC